AUGACAGCCCGAAUAUUCUCCGAGUGGGCAGAAGACUACACAAAGGCUGAAAAGGCGAUCAUCGACGACAUUGUGAAAAUCGAUUUAGAUGCCAAACUCCAUGAGCCUAUAGACGUUGACUGCAGCAACAGAUCACUUGGUGAAGAUGAUAGUGGCAACCAAGAAGAUGACCCACCUGUACCUGCAUCGGCAGCCCUUGCUUAUUGCGUGGAGCUUUCAACAUUUCUGUUUCAGUGCGAGGGGGACACUAAAGACCAGCAGAGCAUGCUGCAAUCUUUGACAGAGGUAGUGCGAACGCAAGUGAUGAAGCAGGUUCUGAGUAAUUAUCAGAACCGUGGUUCAGUCGAUGAGCCCAAAAGCAGCUCCAAACUCGGAUAA